UAUUAAAUUGUUCUGUGAAAAAGUGCAGUGUUUUUCCGUUGUACCUUUGAGCGUUUUUACGUGUGUCUACGUUCAAGUCAGUUCCUACUUAGAGCGAAACUUAACUCACAUAGGCAACGUUGCAUCUAUAUCGUACUAUCUGAUAAGCGAAAUUUCAUUAGUGGUAGAACAUUAUUCAUUUCAUAAUUCGACAUAAUCGUCUUCGGCGCCAGUGCAUAUAAACUGAAUAAAAAAUGCCAAGAGACGUAGAUAUUUUAGUUGAUUUGAACGAGGAUGAACUACUGAAACUUCGAGAGAAAUAUAAUGGAGUUGAGGAUGCAUAUCACAUCUAUACUUUUAUCGACGUUGCUAUUAGAAUGUGGGAGACCAGAGAAUUAAUUGUUACAUCUCCUGGAAAUGCGUGGAUGGAAGAUGGCUCCCUCAUAAUUUUUUCCGAAAGAGAUUGCCCCAAUAUUUUCAUGUACUCGCUUGAUAAGUCCUACAAAAAAAUAAGCCAGGCUUUAUUGAAAACCAAGAGGAUCGACCAAAAGAAAGCCUUGAAAUUUCGGAACAUUUUCGAAGACUACAUGGAUAUCAUAAUGGAGGUGGUGAAUAAAUUAGGAAGACAAGUAACCGACAUCUCUGAGAAUAAUUUAUACGCAAUGAAUAUCCAAAAAGCCAAAGCUUUGAAAAUUGAAUUCCCAACAGAGGCAUACGUCAAAAGGUUAGGAAGAGAACACGCUAAGGAGGUGGAUGCUGUUUGGCCUCACAGGUUCGAACAUUCGGACAAAAUGGUAGCAAACUGGAUCGAAAAAAAUGUUGGCUUUGGUGUGUUCUUGAAGCAUAAUGGAGCGCUCGUUUCUUGGGUUCUGCAGGGUCCUAAGGGCCAUAUGAAUUUGUUACAGACUCUGGAAGGAUAUAUGCAUAGGGGCUAUGGAAAAUUGAUGGUACGAGUUCUAGCGAAGUAUUUGGCGGAAAAUGGACACGUUCCUGUUGCUAUAGUGCUUACGAAUAAUUUACUUUCCAAUAAAUUAUUCAGUAGUUUAGGCUUCGAAAUGAUUCAGAAGACAUACUUUUUCAGAACCGCUCCGGAAUAACCUCAACUUAAUCAUUCCUGAAGAUGCUAAUAAAAUAGUUAGCGAAAGCUUGAAUGAAUUAAAAAGAGUCUUCCAAUUUGAACCUGACUGUUCAUCCCAAUAAUUUUUUGUUGAAAAGAGAACUGUAUUUUUUCAAGUGAUGUGAAGUGGAUUCAUUUAUGCUGGAUACUCACUACAUCCGUCAAAACUAUUAAUCUAUAAAGAACAGGUACAAUAAACAUAUCAAGGAAUAAAGAGGAAAUAAGACUGAAAAAAAUUCUAAAUGAUCAUAUCGCUGUCCUUAAUAAAUUAGUUGAUUGACAUUCUGAAAAAAUAGUGUUUCGCUCGAGAUGAAAAUUUUGCGUCUGGUGAUUCACAUACCUACAUAUUAUAUUUAUGUUAACGCAUAUUACUAGUGAAAUUUUGUGAAAUGAUAAAAGUUGAUAAUAUUUAUUGGGUGUAAAGAUUUUUUACGGGCGAGCAAUUUUCGUCUAUUAUGUUCAGUAAUUGGAUACCAGUCGAGUAAAAAUUGUAACACGACCCUGAAACGCUUUCAGUUAUCGUUUUGAAGUACGGGAAUUUCGAAGAACGAAUUAAAUUCGAACACUUAUAGGUAGCUAACUUCUAAUUUUUCACAGUGUGCUUUGCAUUUUGUGCAAUUGUUCAACUUCUUUUGAGUCAAAUUAAGUUAAGGAUGAAGAUGAUCGACUCAGAUUGACAAUAACUAUCUCGAAAAAUAUAUGUUAAACUAGUUGGAAAUUUUAUUUGUUGUAGAGUACCACGAUUAGUACCCAGUGGGAAAACGUAACUCACAAAAGCAACAUUGCACCAUAUGGUGCUAUCUGAUAAGUGAAAUUUUAUUAGUGGUAAAACAUUAUUCAUUCAAUUAUUGAACAUAAUCCUCUUCGCUUCCAGUGUAUAGAAACUCAAUAA